AUGGGCUCCGCUCGAGAUCGCGUCUUCAGCACGACUGAACUCCUGGAAAUGGCCAUUUCGCUUGUCAACAAUCGAGAUAUUCUCGUCAACGUGCAGAGGGUGUCAAAACGUUGGAGAGACGUUAUCCAUGCUUCUCCCACGAUUCGAAAGUCUUUAUUCCUCCUCCCGAGUCCCACGCUUUUGGCCCCGCACCAGCCGUACACCCUAACCUGCCUCACCUCCAUCAUUCCGGCAUUCUUGAGCACACACUCUUUUGAGGGAGGAAGCCAGCGCUAUAUUACGCGUGAUGGAAGAUUUAUGAUGGAUGAUAUCUUCGGGAACUUCAGCUCUGAAUUUAAACGAAAAUGGUUCGUCGAAAAUGCUUCUUGGCGUCGCAUGUUAGUAUCUCAGCCACCUAUCAAGAAAAUAUAUUGGUGUAUCUAUCGACAGGGUCGGCUAGGCACUCCAGUUCUAGUGCCUAAAUACAUGGCAGAGCUUGAAUUCCCCGAGGGACUACGAAUGAGUGAAUUGUACAGUCUCCUGCUGCGCGCCAAAGGUUACUACGCGAUUCAAUGGCCGAACAUGGCCUGUGAAAGAUUUUCCGUUUCGGAUGAGCAAGCCGAGUCGAUGGCCGAGUUCGAACGGAAAGCACGCGAGGAGCACGCCAUUCUCGUCAAGCAACUCACCUGGGGUGAUACUAUGGAUUUGGACGUAAAGCAAGAGGCCUAUCUGCCUACGAGCGAUCUUCAAGCGCUCCACAAGAACAUUAAGCAGGUAGAGGCUCUGGGGGUCGGUGCGGCGGAAGCGCAAUUCCUGAGCGGCAUGGACCUGAAAAUAGAUAGUGUCUCAGCCAUGAGGUUGUUGAUGAUGGUGGCGAUGGCAAGAGCCAAGUAG